GUAUGUCCCGACUCCGUCAGUCGUUCAUCCCGCGUCUUGCCGAGCGCACGUUUAUUUAUAACAACGCCCUUCACAACCGGGACGCUUUCGAAAUAUAGAUCAAGUUUACAAUCACUGUUAUUUUCAUACCAAACAAUAAAAAAAUACAAUUUUAAAUUAACGACAUUUUUAAAGUCGCGUUCGUAAUUUAAUCAAAAUGGAAGUGGACCGUAUUCUGUACAUUUUUGGCAGCUUUACGCGUAAGAAGCAAGAUAAGAGGAAAUCGUUGGACCAGCUGUCUUUGAGUGCUGGGAACAGCCCUCUCCAUGCGAAGGGUUCAAGAAGGCCCGUCAGUCAGAACCUCAAUGUGGCGCCAAGGACUUCAGCGUACAAUGAUAGCAGGAAGAGUAAGGUUAAGGAGUGGGAUUGUGGGAUAUGUAAGAAGGAGUUGGUGGAGCCAAGACUCUUGGGCUGCCUGCAUAACUUCUGCACAAGAUGUCUCCGAGGCUUGCAUCAGGAAGGAGAAGCUGAGGUGUGGAGCGAAAUUGAUGGUGGAUCAAUCCAGCUAGACCCAGGCGGGUCUCGUUCAGGCUCAGGAGCCGGGUCCGCCGGCUCGGGCUACGAGAGCGAUCUGCGCCACUCAGGGUCUGAAGGCAGCUGGGAACAGAAACAACAACACAAAUAUGGAAUAUUGACUAGGAAGGUAUCAGGCAAAAGCGUACAAUUUCUCCUCUGCCCAACCUGUGGUUACGAGACGCAGUUACCCCUCGGAGGAAUAGCAGCACUACCUCUCAACUAUGUGCUGCUCCGUAAGAUGGCCGCCGCCCAAGACCACGAGGGCGUCAAUGUGCUCUGUGAUCUUUGUAGCAGUGAUAAUAAGGCAGAAACCCGCUGCAACCAAUGCCUGGUGAGCAUCUGCUCAUCCUGCGGCGAGGCUCACGGCAGACAGAAGGCGACAGCUCGCCACUCGCUGCAACCCCUCGAGCCGGCGCCAACAAAGUAUUGUUCACAGCACCCGAAAGCUGAACUUAGUGUUUAUUGCGCUACUUGUCAACAGGUGGUAUGUCGCGAUUGCUGCGUGGUAUCUCACAGCGGGCACGCGCUAGCCAGCGCGUCGCGUGCAGCCGCUGAACGUGCUCGCGUGCUGCGUGACGCGGCGCAGCGUGCGAAGCUCGUGCCUGAGAAUGUCGAGAGAGCUUCCAGGAAUCUUAGCGCUCUUGCCUAUGAGAUUGAUUGUCAAGCAGCCCGAGUAGAGAACGAAGUACAAGAAUGGGCAGUCCAAUAUAGACGAGCAGUGGAAGCCCACACCCGCACUCUGUGUGCCAGCGCCGCGAGGGCACGGGAGAGGCAUCGGCAGAGACUCGACCAGAAGACCAGGGCGCUGGACGAGAGGGCCCGACAUGCUGUGGAUGCUGUUAAUUUUGCUGAAGAGCUCCUAUCCGAAGGCAAAGAAGACGAGCUCCUCUCCCUCUCAGGGCCAGUUCUCCGUCGGUUAGAACGCGUGUCAGAACUGCAGACGCUGUCAGAACCGCCGCGGCUAGAGCUGCGCUUCGCCCCUCGGGCUCCGGCGACACAUGAUAACACUGUGUUCGGGAGACUGCUGGCUCAUGCACCUGAUCCGGAUAUGUGUGUUAUUACAACUGAAGGUCUGCAAGACAUGAGAGUCGACUGCGAGCACGAGGUGACGCUGGAGCUAAGGGAUUGCAACGGAGAACGAAUCUGGUGUGGAGGCGAACAGGUGGCAGGAUACUUCAGAAGACGCGACUCAAGCGCACGUCCCAGCUUAGCCCGUGUGGUAGACAGUACCGACGGCAGUUAUAAGCUGAGCAUCACGCCGAGAUCUCCCGGGGCUUAUCUACUCGCUGUCACUAUUAAUAAUAAGCCGAUUAAGGGCAGUCCGUUCGCGUGCUGUGCCCGCGCGGGGGCGGCGCACUGGGGCACGUUCCACUGCUGCGCCUUCUGCUCGUCCGGCGGCCGGCGCGACGCCGUCUGCGCCUGCGGGGGCCGCAUGCCCGGCGGGUAUAAAGGUUGCGGUCACGGCCACGCGGGCUGGGCGGGCACGCGGCACUGGUCGUGCUGCGGCGCGGCGCGGCGCGACGCCGCAUGCACGCGGCCCAGGAACACGCAACAAAUGUACCAGUUCUCCUUGUAGAUCGAUAGCUGAAU